GGUAAUGCACCAAAAGUUGUUUUUCCAAUCGCCAAUAAAAAGAAGCAAAAACUUCGCAACACCCCUAACAAUUUAAGCAGCGAUCAUGAGGGCGACGCUUUAUUUUUACGCAGUAGGUUUUUAUCAUUUUCUCUCAAUCGGAAGUACUUGUGGUCCAAAUGAAUACAGAUCUGCUUAUGGAGAAUGUUGUCCAAUGUGCAAUCUAGGAUCAGUAGUACGCAGUGACUGUAGCGGGGAUUUAAGUACCACAUGCCAACCCUGCCCUCCAGGAACAUUCAUGAGUGAACCCAAUGGUCUUCAUCGGUGCUUCACAUGCAAACACUGUGCUGAAAGUCAAGGCCUUUACAUCCAGAGUAAAUGCACUACAAUACAAAACACCAUCUGUGAUGUUCUUGAUGGAUAUUACUGCAUUGAUUACUCAGAUUCACAGUGCCGUCAUGCUGAAAAACACAGAGUCUGCAGACCAGGACAAGAAACAAAAACAGCAGGGACAAAGGCAUCAGAUACAGAAUGUGUGGACUGCGCUCCUGGGUUUUAUUCUCCAUCAGGGCUGAACUGCAUCAAAUGGACAGACUGUGCAGCCAGAAAUGAGAUUCAGACAGAAGAUGGCAGUCCUGUGAAAGAUGUCACAUGUGAACAGAAGCCAAAGGAAAGAUACGGUCUUGUAGAUUUAAUUGCAACUACCUUCACAGAAUUCUACAGAAUUCUAAGUUCAGAAGGCCAAUAGAG